GAGCAAUGCAUUGUGGGACGAGGACGGACUCCACGCGUUGAAUCCUCCAGGCCACACAAAGCAGUGUAGUGCACAUUUGAAUGUCUAUUUAAAAUACUUAUUUAAUACUUAUUGGAAUAUUUUGCCCUACAGAUAGACUUUCAUAAAGUGUAACUAUCGGCAACACACAGAUAACAAUGCCAAAUUUCUGCGUGGCGCCGAAUUGCACCAAGAAAAGUACGCAAACAGAUUUAGCUUUCUUCCGAUUUCCAAGGGAUGUGAAGAGAUGUCACGAGUGGGUGGAGAACUGUCGGCGUGCCGACCUGCUGGCCAAAACGCCGGACCAGCUGAAUAAGCACUACAGAUUGUGUGCGGCUCACUUUGACCCCAGCAUGAUCUGCAAGACGGGUCCAUUUCGGACAGUUCUUAAGGACAGUGCAGUUCCCACCAUAUUUGAUUUCAGCGGCCAGAACAAGAAACUGCACAAAAACCGCAAACGUGUUAAAGUUCUGACAGAAGAAGAAGUCAGAGACAUUAAAGAACGUAGAUUGGAGGAGGAGGCGGAGGCCAACAAGGAGGACGAGGAUGUGGAAGACAUGGAACAGGACGCCGCUCCUCAGCUGUCGCCGGAGGAGCAGGAACUGCGGGAAUACCUGCGCUCCCUGUUCGAGAUCCUGCUCCUGCUCGGCAAGCAGGGAAUUCCGCUGAUCGGACACACGGUGACCGCGCCGCUCUCGUCCUCCGCGGAGAAGCUCAGAGAAGCGGGAGGUGAUGCCGCCGCCGCCGCUGCCGUCGUCGUCGUCGAGGGAAACCAAGACAAAACAAGCGUCGCCAACAACGGCAACAGAACCGGGCCAGCACCACCACCACCACCGCCGACGCUCCCGCCGCCGCCGCCGACCACCUUCACGCCUCUGAGCAACUUCCAGGCGCUGGUGGAGUUCCGGAUCAGCGCGGGCGACGAGGCGCUCCGGCGGCGGUUCGAGGGCGCGGCGACGAACUCGGAGACGUGCCCGCCGGAGACGCUGCGCAACAUGCUGGACGUGGCCGCCGCCUGCAUCCGCGAGGACCUGCUCCGCGACGUGCAGCUCUACUCGCUCAUCGCCGGCGAGCCCGCCGAAAUGGCGUCGUCUUCGGACUUCGCCGGCAGAGAGAGCGGCGGUGGACGCGAAGUCCUCCUGCCGAUCUUCGCCCGGUUCGUGGACGUCUCGGCGGCGGUGGCGGCCGGGCACGGCGGGCCCCGCGAGGAGCUCCUGGGCUUCGUGCCGCUGGAGUGCGACGGCGACACGCUGGCGGAGAGGCUGCUGGCGUUCGUGACGGAGGCGUGCGGGCUGGACGCCGACAAGUGCCGCGGCUUCGCGUACGACUGCGGCGGCGGCGGCGCCCGGCACGCGCUGCGCAUGCGCACGGCGGCCGAGCGCAUCUCGGAGCGCCAUCCGGCGGCGGUGCGCACGCUGUGGUCGGGCUGCGGCCUCAACACGCUGCUGGCGGAGAGCGCGGGAACGCCGGGCACGCAGGUGGUGGUGGCGACGCUGAGCCGCGUGGACGCGCUCCUCCGCAGCUCGCCGGCGCUGCGCCUGGAGCUGGAGCGCGCCGUGGCGGCGAGCUUCCGCGACGACGAGGAGAUGUGCCGCGAGCUGCUGGCCGCGUGCCGCCGCGGCCGCUGGGGCCGGCGCCACAACGCCUUCCAGCUGACCUCCGACCUCCUCGAGCCGCUCAAGCUCUGCCUGGAGUCGGUGUGCGACAGCGGCCACGACCAGCGCUGGAGCGAGCGGGUGGCGCGCGACUGCCUGGCGCUCGCCGAGACGCUCAACGACUUCGAGUUCCUGGCGGCGCUGGUGGUGCUGAAGAACGUGCUGUCGUUCACGCGCGCCUUCGGCCGCAACCUGCAGGGCGGCGCCAUGGACGUGCACCUGGCCACCAGCAGCGUCACCGCCGUGCUGCACUCGCUCGUCGAGGUGGCCGACAACAUCGACGUCUACCACGAGUUCUGGUUCGAGGAGGCCGUGCUGGUGGCGCAGUCGCUCGGCAUCCCCGUGCGCGUUCCUCUGCGGCACCUGCGCAAGUGCGCCGGCACGGGCGCGGAGCCGCAGCCCGAGGGCUACUACAAGGAGCACCUGACGGUGCCGGUGGUGAGCUACGUCAUCGCGGAGCUCAACGAGCUGUUCUCGGAGACGCACCUGAAGGUGCUGCGCUGCCUGUCGCUCAUCCCGGCCGUCAUGGGCCAGCUGAAGUUCGCGGCCGACGUGGCGGAGGAGACGGCGGUGGCCGAGGUGUACCGCCGCGACCUGCCCAGCCCCGACACGCUGGCCACCGAGCUGCAGUGCUGGCGCGUCAAGUGGAAGCACCGCAGCAAGGGCGUGCCGCUGCCCGCCAGCGUCGCCGAGACGCUGCGCCUCGCCGACGUCAAGUUCUUCCCCAACCUCGACGCCCUGCUCGGCGCGCUCUGGAACCUGCCCAUCCUCAGCCCCGACGAGGGACCGCCGCCGGAGAAGAAGAAAACGGUAACAGCGGCGGCACCGGCAUCGCAGCAGAAACCGCAGGAGGAGACGACGACGACGACGCCGGCAGCGGAGGCAGAGACGGAGGUGGCUGUUAACGACGACGACGACGACAACGAUGAUGACGCCGGCGACGACGACGGUGCCGGUGACCACGGCGAGGGCGGCUGCGGCGGAACCGCUCGGAGUCGGCUUCAGGCGUACCUCCGCGACACCCCCGUGAGGCACCGCUCCUCGUGGCUGGCGCUCGUCUACGCCAACAUGGACGCGCGGCACGACCCCGACCGCAUGGUGGAGGCCUAUCUGAAACUGUACCCAGACAGCAGCUGAACGCUGGACCUGCCCAUUCCGAAAACAACGAUGAGUUGACUUGAGCGUGUGUUCAUAUGUAAAUACAGUAUGGUUUUCUGUUUCGUUCCGUUCCUUUCUUCUUUUGCCUUUAAAAAGAAUUUGGCUAGAUGGUGGGAGAGUGGCUGAAAUGAUAAUAAUAAUAAUAAUUAAAAAAAAGAUGUAUUUUCAGCAGUGAAUAGAUUCUCUUUAUAAUGUACCUGUUGGGGAUUAAUAAAAUGUUUAUCGAUCCA